UUAAAAUUAAAAGGCAAAAUUCAGUUAAAAGACUCCUAAGAGCAACGCCAAUAGUCAGAAUGUUGUCACAUUUAUAAUGCUAUACAUAUAAACAAAACAGGACUUGAAUCAAAAUACUACAACAUAAGGUACUAAAAACAACAUUAGAUAUGCUAGAGGCUCAAAGGAGUCUGAACUUGGUACCAACAACAACAUUAGAUAUGCUAGAGGCUCAAAGGAGUCUGAACUCGGUACCAACUACAACAUGAGAUAUGCUAGAGGCUCAAAGGAGUCUGAACUUGGUACCAACUACAACAUUAGAUAUGCUAGAGGCUCAAAGGAGUCUGAUCUCGGUACCAACUACAACAUUAGAUAUGCUAGAGGCUCAAAGGAGUCUGAACUCGGUACCAACUACAACAUUAGAUAUGCUAGAGGCUCAAAGGAGUCUGAACACAGUACCAACUACAACAUUAGAUAUGCUAGAGGCUCAAAGGAGUCUGAACUCGGUACCAACAACAACAUUAGAUAUGCUAGAGGCUCAAAGGAGUCUGAACUCGGUACCAACUACAACAUUAGAUAUGCUAGAAGCUCAAAGGAGUCUGAACUCGGUACCAACUACAACAUUAGAUAUGCUAGAGGCUCAAAGGAGUCUGAUCUCGGUACCAACUACAACAUUAGAUAUGCUAGAGGCUCAAAGGAGUCUGAACUCGGUACCAACAACAACAUUAGAUAUGCUAGAGGCUCAAAGGAGUCUGAACUCGGUACCAACUACAACAUUAGAUAUGCUAGAAGCUCAAAGGAGUCUGAACUCCACAUCUGGUAAUUCUCAACAACAACAUUAGAUAUGCUAGAGGCUCAAAGGAGUCUGAACUCCACAUCUGGUAUUUAUCAACAACAACAUUAGAUAUGCUAGAGGCUCAAAGGAGUCUGAACUCGGUACCAACUACAACAAUAGAUAUGCUAGAGACUCAAAGGAGUCUGAACUUCGCAUCUAAUACACGAUUUAAAUAUUAACAUGGUACUUCGGCAGCUUAAAGUGCCCUUAAAUGUGGAAAAAGCUCUUUUUGAAACUUCAUCCAUCAAUUAUAUAUAUUAGAGGUGUUCACAUACCAAGCCUAAACUGGUUAGUUUGUGUGUUUUCAUCAAUUAAAACCAAUGAAAACUUAUUAAGCCCCUUAUUGAAAUAAAAUCUUUUUGGAACACCAUGCAGAAACAAAAGCAGAGUAGAAGAUUUUUAAAAAUUGGCCAAUCAGAAUCCCUGGUGGCCAUGUUUUUCAUCCAAUUAAUACCAAAUGAGGGUAAUAAGUAGAAGACCUUCCAUACAUAAUUUGGAAAAUGUUUGCUAAGAAUUUUUUGGAAGAGUUUCUAUAUAUUAUUCUUACCAAGUUUAUUCCAAACUAGUUUAGUGGUUUCAGACAGGAAGAAAAUUUAAAUUGUUUAAUGAUGGUGGGACAGGUGAUGACUAUAGCUCAUAUUGCCUUAUGGACCAGGUGAGCUAAAAAAAAA